UGGCAGAGUAAAUUAAAUUCUAUUGUAUAGUUUCUACUACAUACAAAUAACCAGCAACAGAGAUGGAGUACGCAGAACAGGUUGCGCAAAUUGUAUCCACCGCACAUUUCGGAGAUUUGAUUGAGUUCUCUUAUCCCAUUGGCUACUCACACUGGGGCGUGUACGACGGAGAUGGAUACGUCAUUCACUUCGGUGUUGCCGAUGAAAGUCGGGUGAUGAGUACAUUUCGGAGUUGCCUGCAGAAUAUCUUUCCUGUGUGUGGUGAUCUUUUGCUUGGAGAGACUAAGAUACGUCGUCAGCUUCUAUCUGAAGUUACUGUACCCAAAGGAGCUCGUCUUGUAGUGGGCAACAGCCACCAUGAUUUCCAGCCUUCUCCUGAAGAUGAUAUAAGACGACGACGAGAUGGUCUACUAGACAGGGAAUUUAACUACAAGCUCUUAACAUUUAACUGUGAGCACUUUGCCACAUUUGUCCGGUAUGGAAAAGCUGUGUGCAAUCAGAUCCCAGGGAAGGCCAAAAACAAGGAAUGUGUGGAUGCAACAGAACUGUUUAGUUGCCUUGUGCCAUCAUAUUAAUCUAAAUGCCAGGAACUAAUAAUUAUCACAAGCAUAUAUUUUAUUUCACAAAGGAAAGACGUCUUCAACAUGUCAAUAAAAUGUACAUAGAAUAUUCUUGUAAAGGUGUGCGACCUUUCCACAUUCCUAACUUAUUUGGCACAUGCCCUCACAUAUUUACCAUACUUUAUAACAAAAUGCCACUGUUACUGUUAUUGUUCAGUUAUUAUUAUUCCGCCCUUGCCAUUAUUAUUUUAAUAGAUUAAAACGAUCCAUCCACAUGGCUGCUUGUACUAUGCAGGUUAGUGCUGGAGCCUAUCCCAGCACUCUCGAGCCAAAAGCAGGGAAACACCCUGGACAGGUAGCCAGUCCAUCACAGGGUAACACACACACACACACACACACACACAGACAUACACAUUCACAUCCACACUCACAAUUCACUUAACCUGCAUGUCUUUUUGGACUGUGGGAGAAUCCGGAGCACCCGGAGGAAGCCCACACGAACAUGGAGAGAACAUACAAAUUCCACACAGAAAGGCCCAGUGCUACCCACUGAGCCACCGUGCCACCCCAGAUUAGAAUGGUUGAUACAUAAGUUAAGUAAAUAAUUGAUAAGAAAAUUAUUUUAUGGUUCCAGAAGUUUAAAAAACUGAAUGUCUUUAAAAAACAACAACAACAGUUGUUGAAGUGAAUUUUGAACAUGAAAUAUGAUGUCAGAUGACAUGUACAUCUUAAUUGCAUUUAUAGGAAUAUUCUGGGUUUAAUCAACAGAAUUUCUGGCAUAAUAAAUUAACAAAAAAAUAUUGAAUUGUCCCUUCUUUAAAAAAUAAAGGGCAAAUAACUAGGUUACGGUGAGGCACUUACAAUGGAAGUGAAUGGGGUCAAUCCGUAAACAUUAAAAUACUCACUGUUACAAAAGUAUAGCCUCAAGACGUAAACAAUUGCAUAAUUAACAUGUUUUUAGUCUGAUAAAAUCACUUACAAACCUUUUCUAUGUAAAUUGAUAUCCUAUUUUACAACUACGUUACCAUGAAGAUGUAAUGCUGUAAACCCUAAAAAUGACAACUUAACAUCUUAGAUAAUUAAGAAUAAUUAAAUGUAAUAAAUAAUUAAUUAAAGAAGAAUUAAUGUGCUUUUAUCAAAUUAAAAGCUUUGUAUUUCUGCCUUUAAACCCUCUUAAAAAUGGCCUCCAUUGUAUGAGCCCAACUGUAUCCUCGAUUUGUAUUUUUAUAUAUUUAGCUAGAUUAUAAUAAUAGGCCUAUAGCUUAUUAUUAUCAUUAAACAAUUUGAAAUCCUUUUGGGGCCCCCUGUUGGAAGUUUGCUUUGGCCCCGUAGUGGAGCACUGCCCCUUGGUUGAGAACCACUGCCAUUAUUGUAAUUAAAAAAUGAAUGCUUAUUUUACUUGUGAAGGAGAUUCUAAUUUAUUUUUUUAUAACUGUAACUCCUUAGAACUCUUAACCAUAGCUGAAACUAUGGUUACCAUGGUGUCUUA